AUGAGGACCCUCUCUCUGCUCGCUCUCCUGGCCCUGGCUGCAUUCUGCCUCUCUGGCCCAGCAGAUGCAAAGCCCAGAGACUCCGAGUCUGACAAAGCCUUCGUGUCCAAGCAAGAGGGCAGUAAGGUAGUGAGUAGACUCCGCCGCUACCUGGGCCAUGGGCUUGGAGCCUCAGCCCCAUACCCAGAUCCUCUGGAGCCCAAGAGGGAGGUGUGUGAACUCAACCCCAAUUGUGAUGAGCUCGCGGACCACAUCGGCUUCCAGGACGCCUACAACCGCUUCUACGGUACCACUGCUUAGGGCACGUGUGGCCCUGGGGCCAGACGGCAGCCUCAGCCUGGCUACUCUCCCGGACUCGACUCUCCCUGUUCCCUCUCCCUGCCCUGGGUGGCACACAGCUGCUCCAAAAUAAAGUCCAGAGGAGGAAGUA